AUGGCGCUUUUCAGGAUGCUCCUGACUGCCUUGGCCUGGCAGCUGGCCAGCGCGGCCCUGCUGGCCCAGGAGCCGGUGAAGCCAACGGCCUUCGUGAACACGCCCGACUUUAAGGCUUCAGACACCCUGCGAGUACAGCUGUGGGUUCUCGGAAUUGUCUGCACGACGGGGCUAGACCCGGACUCAGAAGUUCGUUCAAGACCACCCCCGGUCAGGCAUCGUGAUCAGGCAAUGUUUGCGGUCAUCUUGAAUGAGAUCCGCCUGAGCUUGAACCUGGGGCUCGGAGCAACAAGUGCUCGGUCCAGCUUGGCAAAGAUGCUUGCGCGAAAGGAGUCCGAGUAG